UUUCCGUGGCUACAGGCUACAGUCGCCGCCGAGCGCGCGCUCCACACGCUACACUCAAACAAAAAUGUAAUUAGCCCACUUCACGCAGCAAUAACAAUUGACACUAAAAAUACGAAAUGUGCAAAAACGUCGUCUUAAUCCCCUUGAAAUCAUCUGUGGAUCCAGCAAUGCAGAAGUCUUGCAAACCAGCGAUGCUUGGCCGCAUGUGGCAAGCCAGUAGCCGAGCUCUUAGCUUGGAUCAUUGGCCUCCUCACCGCUUUGGCUGUUGCCAGUGGCAGAAGAGGCAACAACCUUCCAAAUACUAUAUUCUGUACAGGUGGAUAGUAUUUAUUGCGGUAUUGGCCAUUAACAUUGCGAGUUUUGCUUGUCAGCGCAUCCCAGUGAAGUAUCACGGACUGAAAUUGGAACUAAAUUACUUUAAAUGGUUCAUUUACCUCACUAAUUGGGGAUUUAUGCUGAUAGCUGUUCAAGCAGCUCUCGCACUUGGCGUCGUGUACUACUAUAAAAACGACAGGAAUCUUAAUCUAACUUACGAUGAAGAUGAUGUUCCUGUACCGAUGUCUCGUCGUAAACGUACCCCAAUUUUAUGCCGCGUGUAUUGGCUCACACAAAACGUCGCUACAGACCUCGCCUUCGUCAUCUCUCUUGUUUACUGGGCCCUAGUGUAUGACCCUGAAAUCCAUGAAAUAAAUGCAAUAAAUCUUCUUGUUCAUGGUGGAAAUUCCGCGAUCAUGUUGUGUGAGCUGGCUGUCACAGCACACCCCAUUAGGAUGGCUCNGCACAGCGUUUUCAAUCAGAGGCGUACUAACAUUUACUAUUUUUCUACAGCCGCUGCAUUUGGCUUCGUCGCUCUGUGUGCUGUGGUGCUGGUGAUGGCUCACGGCGUCGCGACCUGCCUAGCCGUAGUCCGUUUGCGUCUCGCCAAGCGCCUGUACGCAAAACGCGCGCAAUCCGACAGACUCACCCUACCGACACAUUGAUAUAGUGUCGUGUGGCGUCUAGCUCCUAGACUCCAACGCAAAGUUAAUUCAAAGUAUUGCUAAACGGACAUUAACUAUCCAAUUUCCGUCAGUGAUUUAUUAAUUAGGUAAGAGUAGGAUUUUGGGUACGUAAUGUUGUUGCAUUUAUAUUUUAUGGGACAGAAAUGCAUAGAAUAGUCAUAGUAUAAUACAUUAUCAAUUGAAAAUCAAGGCGAUUUGUACCUUGAAUGCAUUUUACAAUAGACGAAACAAAUUUGAAUUAAAAUAACUAUGUCGGAAAAUCAUUUGAAUCGAAAAACGAUGUGGUUAUGAUUACAUAAAAUGUUCCUUUCAUGCCUCGAAAAAACACUUGUCUUAUUCUUUAUGCCUACAAAGACAGAUGAGGAGCUAACGGUCAACUUUGGUGACGAGUGGUCACGGUCGCUCGUGGACAGCAGCAAAAGCACAGCAGAAGUUUCCUAACCUCAUUUGGACAAGAAACACAGGGUCGUUCAUUCCAGUUACAUGUCAAAAAAAAUCUCUGGAAACGCACUGUGAAUGAUUCAACAGUUGUAGGUAUAUCGACGAUACAUGUGACUACUGAAUAGUAACUCUUUAAGACUUAAAAGUUUCAGAAUAACUUAUUAGGUCGGACAUAGGAAAUGAUCAGUAUUGUAACAAUUCUAUGUAUAAAAUAAAUUACUGGCACCUUUGGAAUGUAUUGUGAUGGUUUUGAUAUCUCAUGGAAAAAGUUCCUGUAUGUUUUUUUUUUUAAAUUUAAUUUAUACGAAUGACAUUUGUUGUUCUUUCUUUGAUAUGUUAAUUAUAUAAUUUUAUGAAUUCCAUAUUUAAAUAUGAAAACUUUUUUGUUCAUUUUUCUAUUAUCGCUGUACUGGUUUACGCAUACAUUUGCAGCUAUAAGAAAACAGAAUAUCAUAUUGUUUUAUUGCUAUAUUUUAAUACUUAGUACAUAAUCUACCACGGGUUCUGUAUACUUCUAGUUUAACUAAUAAAAAUUAUCCAUUUAAUCAAAUCAUAACUUUACUGAAUACAAGAAACAGCAGGCAUUGGAUUUAAAUUUUUUAUUUACACAACUGUAAUAUUUAUUUCUGUAUGUUGUAUUUAUACUAAGAAUAACUUUGAUCUUAUAAUAAUAAAUUAGACUUUAAUAAAUUAUAUUCUAGCGAUGUUAACAUAAAGCACAGCAUAAAUAUUGCUUAAGAUGCACAGAACAUUGAUCACGUAAAGUAUUAGCCGAUAUAAUUAUAUUGUUAAUUUCAUUAGUAAAUAAAUAAGAAGUCGUCGUGGUCUAAAGGAUAAGACGUCCGGUGCAUUCGUAUGUAGCGAUGUAACGGUG